ACUCGACACGUAGGAGUGCAGGAGAGAGAGAGCGCGGGCGUGCUGAGCGGGGUGGACACAACCGAGGCGGAAAAGGAAAGGCGUGCGACGACGAUGCUCGGCUGCGUGGAGCGUGCUGCGUGAUACGCGGCCGAUAAUCGGUAUCGGCGUGCCGCCCCGCGAGUCGCCCACGAAAUUGCGCUACGCCAGGCCGCUUCCGGUUCGCUCGGUGCUCGGUAUCGCCGACGACGUGACGUCCGCGGGUCGCACGCACGCAGAGAGAGAGAGAGAGAGAGUACGGCACGGUAGGGCGCGCGUCAACGUCGUGUUUCUCUCGUCGGGGGCGUCUCUUUCGCCGAGAGUUUGAUGGGGAUUGGCAGGUCCGGGGGCUCACGCCGAUCGCGCGGCCUAACGUAAUAGCCGCCCCCUCCUCUCUCCGCCCCCCCGCGGGCGUAUACGUCGCCGGAGGUGUGCGGGUGACUCGUCGAUAAACAACGCUUGGCGCGCGCGCGGGCCGACGUCAUCGCCAGGAAACGCUGGGCGCGAGCGAUGCGCGCCCCGGCGCCGCGAGCGCAACACCCGAAGGUCUCGUGAACGAUGUCCAGGUGUCGGUAGUCGGGGGGGCACAUCCGCGUAGGCGAGACGCCGAUUAAACACCGGGGUGUGCGGUCGGCGCCAGGAAAGGCAUGGAGGGUGCCAACGGUCAGCUGCAGACCAAGUAUCAGAAAAUCGCCACGGAAUACUCAAAAAUUCGUGCGCAGGCAAACGUCCUGAAGAAGGCCGUGAUAGAGGAACAGUCGCGCAACACGGACAUCCGGAAUCAGCUGAAGGAGAAGGAGGUGGAGUUUCGCCGGGCCGAGCAGGAGAUCGACAGUCUGACGUUUCGCAAUCAGCAAUUGACGAAGCGUAUAACCGUGCUGCAGCAGGAGCUCGACAAGGCGCAGAACAAGCCCAAGAAGGGUAAGGGCAAGGCGUCGGAGAACAACAGUCAGAUCCCACAGCCGCAGCCGCUGCCGCCACCGAAUAACAUCUUGGACGAGGAGUUUCAGAAGAAGAUCGUCGAGAAUGCCCAGUUGGUGUCGCAGAUCAGUGACAAGGAUGGCGAGAUCGAAAGCUUGUGCGAUAGGAUACAGCAGUUGGAAUGCAAGGUCGACUAUUGCGAGAAGUCCAAGGUGGAGUCCGAGUGCCAGUACCAGGGCGCCAUAGACAAGUUGGAGAGGGAGAGGAAUGACUUGCAGAGAAAGUUAAACGACAGGCAGAAGCAGGAGGAGACUGUGUCGUGGUCUAGCAACGAGGGUAGACGCGAGGGUUACGACUUCGAUGUCAGAGGAGCGUUCUCGAAUCAUCGUCAGGCAGAGCCGUCGCCGUUUUCCUCGCCAUCUGCCUCGCGUAGAUCGUCGAAGUCGCUCGGGGAGGGCAAGCCGCAAAAGUCGCAGGAAGAAAAUAACGAGCUGCUCUACUUCGCCAAUGCGAAGCCGUGCGACGUAGAGAAGGAAACUAAUCACUGGAAAGCCCAGUACCAUAUACUCAAGAUAAAGUACGACGAGUUGGAGCAGAGAGAGUCCGCGGCGACUUCGCAAAUCGACGGAAGCGCGUUAAAACCCGUGGAAAUUCAUAAUAUGAUUGGGAAGUUGAGUGCACCUUUUGCCAUACCAGAGGAGACUGAGGCUCGCGAAUUAAAAAUUAGGGAUUAUUUCCUGGAAGAAAUCGAGAGACUAACAAAUGAGAAGCACGUCUGUCACAUAAAAAAUAUAGCUAUGGCCGCCAAUAGCGAGGUUAUGCACGUGCAGUUGGACACGAGCGAAUCAAAGAGAGAAAAGUGCGAGGCGGCGCUACUAGAGGCACUUUCCAAUUAUAACAGUACACAAAAAGAGAAAGAAAUGCAGGAGGUGAAUUACAAGGUACAGCUCAACACCAUGAGCGAACAUCUUGCCAAUAUGAACGAGAAACUUAUCUUCCAAACGGAGGAGAUACAACAACUAAAAUUCGAACUAGCUAAUAAGAAUAGUAAAAGGGGAAAACAGAAGUGAUCCAGGUCAGAAUUGCAGAGAACAAUCAUCGACAUUCCAUUCAGUGGUAUGGUUUAAUCGCGAUCAUCAGAUUUUAUGUGUACAUAUACCUGAAGACCACUGGUUUGCGCGCAUACUCGUGUCUUUAGCCUGAAAAGCGCUAAAGAGCUCUCUAACUCGAUGUUACAUUAUUUAUGAAAUCAAAAUAAAAACUCAUCCAAGACGUUCACCCUCGUGAACGUUCACGUUAUAAGUUUAACUCUUCUAUAUUGUAUAUAUAUGCAACGAUUUUUCUCAUUUGCUCACUACUUAUUUACAGCAAUAUACCAACUCGCGGUACAGAAUAACUUUUACAGUCUAAAUUCGUUAAUCAAGAGACACAGGCAUCUUUCCUUUGGUACCACUUGUAAGACAUUUAUAAUUAGACCGUUUAUAAUAGCUAAAAAGUAAAUCGAUACCUACGACUGUAAAUUAUAAGCCGUUCUUUCUAUAUUAAAAGAAAAGAGAUGUAAGAGAUAUGUACAGCUACUGUUUAUAGUAGGUGUUGUGAUAAAAUGAAUGUAUAUUCGCCGAAGCAAUUUUAUCUGUUGCUUUGCGCGUAUUAACUAUAAAUAAAGUCUAAUUAAUCUUCGGUA